CUCUCCACCGACCCACCUCAACAAGCUACCAAAGUUUACGUUAAGUUGAAACUGGUUGUGUGCUCUCCACUUUUAUGUAUAAAAGAAAACACAACGGACCAUGUGCAGUGCCUUGCCAUCCACAAUGAUACCUGAGACUACAGCCGCAUGCCCAGUGAUGGCGAGAGAGUGUGUCCUGGGGUCCCGCUGGCUGACGGCUGCGCUCACGAUGCUGCUGUUGCUCUCCACGACGGUCACCUGCGUUCACAGUACCACAGUGGAGCACGACUUUCACAUCGUCCACAAUGUCGACAACAGAAGUCCAGAGAUAGAUCCAUUCUGGUACGUGGGGCGUGGGGUGAGGCCCAUCGGGCGCUUUGGGAAGAGGCAGAGCGGAGGAGGGGGCAACGGAGGGCUCAGACACCCUGGGCCCGUGGUCAGCACACUGGAGAUUCUCCUCAACAUCAUCAGGAACCAGGAGAACAUCGGGAAGACACUUAGCGGAGAGGACGCCGACUGGUUACCAUGACAACAUGCCCGGCCGCUCGCCACCCACCAUAUGUGUCUGUGAACAUGUCUUUUUUAUUUAAUCAAGGA